AUGGGGAAGUUGUUUGGUUUGGGAUCUGAACCAGUGUCUGGUAUCUUGAUUCCUUCAAAGAAGAGAGAGUAUAGAGUCACCAAUCGCCUCCAAGAGGGCAAGCGUCCUCUAUAUGCUGUCGUUUUCAACUUCAUCGACUCCCGCUACUUCAACGUUUUCGCCACUGUUGGUGGCAAUCGGGUUACUAUUUAUCAUUGCCUUGAAGGAGGAGUUAUUGCUGUACUGCAGUCUUAUGUAGAUGAAGAUAAGGAUGAAUCUUUUUACACAGUGAGCUGGGCUUGCAAUCCUAAUGGUUCUCCAUAUGUUGUGGCUGGAGGAAUCAAUGGUAUAAUUCGGGUCAUUGAUGCUGGCAAUGAGAAGAUACACAAGAGUUUUGUUGGCCAUGGGGACUCCAUAAAUGAAAUCAGGACUCAAACGUUGAGGCCAUCACUUGUAAUAUCUGCCAGCAAAGAUGAAUCUGUUCGGUUAUGGAAUGUUCACACUGGAGUAUGCAUUUUGAUAUUUGCUGGAGCUGGUGGACACCGUAAUGAAGUCUUGAGUGUUGAUUUUCAUCCAUCAGAUAUAUUUAAGAUUGCCAGUUGUGGCAUGGAUAAUACUGUAAAAAUAUGGUCUAUGAAGGAUUUCUGGAGCUAUGUAGAGCAAUCAUUCACAUGGACAGACAUCCCUUCUAAGUUUCCUACAAAAUAUGUCCAGUUUCCUGUAUUCAAUGCUUCAGUUCAUUCAAAUUACGUUGAUUGUACUAGAUGGUUGGGUGAUUUUAUCCUCUCAAAGAGUGUUGACAAUGAAAUUGUCUUGUGGGAACCUAAAGUGAAGGAACAAGCUCCGGGGGAGGGCUCAGUCGACGUACUUCAGAAAUACCCUGUUCCCGAGUGUGAUAUAUGGUUCAUCAAAUUUUCUUGUGAUUUCCAUUACAAUGCAGCUGCCAUAGGCAACAGGGAAGGGAAAAUUUUUGUUUGGGAAUUGCAGUCAAGUCCUCCUGUUCUUAUUGCAAAGUUGUCACAUGCUCAAUCCAAAUCUCCAAUCAGGCAGACUGCCGUGUCCUUUGAUGGAAGUACUAUUUUAAGUUGCUGCGAGGAUGGGACAAUAUGGCGCUGGGAUGAUUUUUUAAACUCCGAAGCCACUUAA